AUGGACCCCAAACAUUUGUCAAGACUUCUCAAGGUCCCAGAGAGCGAUGGGCACAUCUCCAACGUGUGGAUAAACGAUGACAUCCGUCCUCUACCCCCGCAUAGACGAACGUGGACUCGUUGGGCCUUCAUAUCGUUCUGGGCUAUCAAUCAGAUUGCUCUCUCCAACUGGCAGCUCGGCGGAUCCCUUGUUGCUACUGGUAUCUCUGUGUGGCAAGCCGUUGUCGCCAUCAUCAUUGGCAAAGUCAUCAUCGCACUGGUAGCCAUCGCAAAUGGGUAUGUAGGGGCUUCGUGGCACAUAGGCUUCUGUGUUGUGUCUCGCUACGUAUGGGGCGUUCGAGGUCAAUACGUAGCCUUGAUCCAGCGCAUUAUCCUGAGUUUGGUCUGGUUCGCCGUACAGUCAUGGACCGGAGGACUCUGCGUUCAGAACGUCCUUGCUGCCAUCUUCCCCAGUUUCCAGCACAUGAAGAACCACUUCCCAGCUAGCGCGAACCUGGAUACAAAACAAUUCAUCGGCUGGGUGCUCUUCAACCUCAUCAUGGCUCCCAUCAUCUACAUCAGACCCGAGGGUAUGAAACAUAUCAUCUUGUGGAUGACCAUAGUCUCGGGUAUCACCUUGAUGUGUAUGACAAUCUGGGCUUUGGCCACGGCACAUGGAGCCGGUCCGUUACUCAACCAGGCUGCAUCUAUCAAGACCCCCGAAGAGUUGGGCUGGAAAAUCACAUUCGGCGUCACCACUGUCAUUGGCAACAUCGCUGCUGGCUUGGUCAACCAGAUGGAUUAUUCUCGCUUUGCCCGACGCCCUGGAGAUCAGGUGUUCGGCCAAUGGAUCUCCAUUAUUGGAUUGGGUAUCAUAAUGCCACUCUUCGGCUGCCUCACUUCCUCGGCCACGCAAAAGAUUUAUGGAGAAGCCCUCUGGAACCCACCAGACAUCGUGCAGAAAUGGUUGGAUACUGACUACAAUGCCAAGUCCCGCGCGGCUGCUUUCUUCGCUGGAUGUGGUCUGGUGACUUCGCAACUUGCAAUCAACACCAUCGACAAUGCCUUCUCGGCCGGCAUGGACAUUGCUGGACUGUUUCCCAACUACAUCAACAUCAGACGCGGGGCGUACAUUGGCCUCAUACUCAGUAUAGCUCUUUGCCCGUGGCAACUGUUGUCAUCUGCAUCAACGUUCAUCAGCGUUCUAUCUGCCUACAGCGUCUUCCUUGGACCCAUGUGCGGCAUCAUGAUCUCCGAUUACUGGAUUGUUAGAAGAAGAAAGAUCAAGCUUUCUGACCUCUACCACGGUCGCAAAGAUGGAGUCUUCUUCUUCUGGCAUGGUGCGAACUGGCGAAGCUUUGUCGCAUGGGUCAUCGGUUGGAGCUAUCUGAUUCCUGGUCUUGCCAACGCUGUGGGAGGCAUCAGUGUCCCAGCCGCUUGCGCAAAGCUCUACUACCUUGCUUUCCCUAUGGGCUUUGUGGUUAGUGCUGGCAUUCAUGUGACGCUGAAUUUCGUCUUUCCUCCCAAAGGGCUCGGUAUUAUUGAUGAGGUGGAUGAAUUUGCGACUUUCACAUUAGACGAAGGUCAGAAGCUUGGAGUUCUGCCUCCAGUCAUACACAGCGACAUGCAGAUGGUUGAUGAUCUCCAGAGACCAGAGGAUGAGAUUAAUGUUGCUUUCAAAUGA